UGGAAACGUUUAAAGUUGUUCUAACAUCUCUUGGUAACAACGCCUUCAAUUCUUUUUACAUUUAACGCCGCAAACAUUCCUCAGAGAGUUACUGUGUACACUUUUUAAUAGGUGAAUGAACUAUGCUCAAACCAUCGACGAUCACUUCAAUUUUAAGUUUAAUCAGCCGUAAAUCGCUGCUAUGUUGCGUUUUAAUAUUUUUUGUCUCGUUACCUGAGGUUUGGAAUGAAGAAACACUCCGCGAUGGUUAUUACUUAGAUGAUUUGAUUGAUGUUGCAGCAGGAGAGAGUAAUACCGGUGCAUUAAUUUGUCCGUCUUCGAAUGUUAUUACAACCAAGUACAAAUGCAAAGAGAACAGUUCGUGGAUUGAUUGCACAAGGAAGCAUUGCUGUCCCAAUUACGUGUAUAUUGCAGGAAGAUGCUUACAUAAAACAGAAGAUCCGUGUUCUCUAAAUUUUUGCGAACAACUUUGUUCUAUAUACAUGCAAAGAAUAAUUUGCACUUGCUACCAUGGUUACAAAUUUAACCCGGAGAAUCAGAAGAAGGGUAUAACUCCCGUCUGUGUGGACAUAGACGAAUGCCAAGACAACAAUGGUGGUUGCCAGCAAAUAUGUGUGAACAAACCAGGGGGCUACAGCUGUGGCUGCAGAGAAGGCUACAAACUUAGAAAUGAUAACACCACUUGCGUUCUUGUUAAUACUUCCGAUUCUUCCAUUCAAGCCGCCUUUUUCGAUGCAUGUUAUGCCAAUUGCGAUAGUCUAGUCAAACUGCAGAAUCAAAUUAAUCUGAUGCAAGAAAAAGUAGCAGCACUUAGCACGGCCAUACGUUUAUCCAGCUUCGCUUCGGGACCACCAGGGCCUAUUGGACCACCGGGGCCACCUGGUCCACCAGGUCCAAGAGGUUUUCCAGGACAAGAUAUGUCGAAUAAUAUAAACUCAAAUUUAGACUAUACUUAUUCCAUGGUAGAUACGUACAUUCAAUUACCAGGCGAGGAAAAUGCACAGUGUGUCUGCAAAAGAGGUCCGCAGGGUCAUAUUGGAGCAACCGGCUCUCAAGGUCCUAAAGGAGAAAGAGGAGAUAGAGGUCCCAAAGGUCCAAAAGGAGACAAAUGGUCAAUUGAUUUCUUUCUGCUUAUGCUAGCCGAUUUAAGACAUGAUAUUGUUCAUUUACAAAACAAAGUUUAUAUUAAUGAAACGCCGCCGAAAUUCGAUUUUGAAACUGCACUUCAAAAGAAACGAUUCAAACAGAAGCACCAAUACAUCCAUCACAGGAAGAUACUUGAGGGAUAUGUAAAUCCUCCUGUAACUACGAUUAAAGCGGGUGCAGUGGAACCUACUCAAGUGAGCAGUAACAAAGGGAAUAAUAACGAAGAUAUCGAAGAAUUUAGAGAUGAAACAAUACCGGUUACAGAAAAUCCGUUAGUUUUAAUAGACGAAAGCGAUAUCGAAGACUAUGAUGAUUUAUCGGAUGAAAUGACUUACAAUGACUAUUUGUGAUAUAUUUAUUGUAGUUUGUUCAAAAUUUUACUGUAUUUGAUAAAACUUUGAAAGUAAAAUACCUCAUCGUGUAGCAACCGCUUCUUUACGAAAUUUUUGUAAACACUAUUCUUUUCCAAUUCUUAUUUACCCAUCCCCGAAAAAAGACUCCAUUAAUAU